GGUUGCAUAAUGGCUGUGUGAAUACCAAAAGAAUUGAAAACAUCUUUUUAAAAAAGGGAAACCCAGCAAGCCAGGUCGCUGCUAAAGACUGAGCUGAGAUGAGUGCUGUGAGUGAAGAGUCGCUGCUGGAUUAUUUCUACUCCACCGGAGGCAAUUCAGGCAGAGUCAAAAAUGCAGAUAUACUGAAGACAUUUAAGCCCUUUAUUGGCCAUAGUGACUUGCAGUUGCGUGCUAAAUACAGAGAGGAAUUCAAGCUCAUUAUUGACCGAAUCGCUGUGGUGAAGUCAGAAAAUGGUGAAAAGUAUCUUGUCCUAAAGAAGAAAUACAGGCAAAUGCUGCAUGAGCGAUACACCAAACAUCAAGGGACUGAUGGGGACGGACAGAGACAUUCGAGGCCGGCCAGACCUUCUGCCACUGUACUGUGGGACGUGACGGACGCCUCGACUUCUUCGUCUCACCAGAAGGAACCACGGGAUGAGUCGAUGCCAUGCAGAGAGCCCGACAGUGAUGCAGAGGACCAGCAGACAGGAACAGCCUUCAUGCAGCACACUGUACUGCAAUGCCCUGUCAUCCAAAUCCAGGAACCCUCAGCACAAAGCAAUGGGGACGAUGAGCUGAACAAAGAUUCGGGGUCAAAGUCCGAGUCAGAGCAAGACGAGGAGUGUACGGGGAGUAUGGGCUCCGCUGCUGUCGCUCUGGAUCCUAUAGAGAAGGAGUGGAUCUACUCCGCUGCCGGUGCUCGAGUCCCUGACCUCUCACAGCUGCUCAGACAGGACCCCUCGCUGGCACACAAGAAGACAGCACUGCACUGGGCUGCCAAACAUGGCAGUGGGGACAUGGCCACUCUGGUGGCAAAUGCUGGUGCUGAUGUCAACACCAAAUCACAUGGGGGAUAUACACCUUUACACAUUGCAGCGUUACAUGGUCAUCGGCAUAUUCUAGACCUGCUCAUAGGGACAUAUGGGGCUAAAGAAAACUUAAGGGACUACAGUGGCCAUCUUGCCUGCCAUUAUCUGAACAUCAAAGAACAAGAGGGUCCAGAGGAAGACUGUGAGCUGCAGUUUCAAGGCCCUCAGGCCAGAGAGCGGAACAAGAACAGGAAGUUGGUAUCGUUGUUUCAAUCUAAGAAGAAGUGGGGCUCAGCAGAGGAGCUGGCUCCGAUAGAGGAGGAGAGGACGGCGUCGAAUCAGCUCGCCCUUCCUGCAUUCAGACCCAGAAAAUUCUCUCGCUGAGGAGAAACCGACACCAUUUCUGAUUCUGCUAGCUCUCCUGCACUCACACAUCCACUUAAUCCUUACAUUCAUAUAAAUUACACUCAUAAUGUAAACCUAAAUGCAUAUGUUAUGUGCACACACACACACACACCAUUCACCUAUGCUUACCGAAACAAUCCCACACGUUUGCUGAUGCACCUAAACGGCUCAUCCAAGUACUGAACGCAGAUGCUUUAACAGUGAACAGGAGGUGUUGCAGAUGAUGCUAUGCUACUAUCAAUAUUUAUGCUAACCAUACAAGUAUUUCUUGAAGCCUUUACAUUUUAAUGAAUGUUGCUAACAGUUACUUAUGCCUUACAAUUUAAAAUAGGCUCAGGCCACACGGAGUCUUUAAGCUUGUCAUCGUCUUUGUUUGUGUUAAAGUGAGCAAUUUUGAAGAGCAGACAACAACUGGACUGUAAAAGUGUCCAGAUUUUACUUACUAGCAAGAUUCAGUUUCCUGAAAGUUAAUUUUCAAACUGUACUGAAGACAGUGGCUUCUUGGAAGGUAGAAAAUGAGUCUCUAAAGUGUCUGCAAUUUGUAGUUAAUGUUCUUAAACAUAUCAUCACAUCAUCGUGUUCCUACCUGAGCCACAUUUUUCUCAUUACCAUUGCUAACUCUAAUACAGGUCAAGGUUUAGAUUGUCCGCCACCCUCAGUAUUUACAUGUCUGUCAUUCCUCUGCUGGCUACUGUCAGGCUGUAAUGACUGUUUUUCUGUCAUGGUUCAGUUCGUCUGUGCUUGACAUUGUUGUUGUCACUGACGUGAGUUUUUAUGACUGAUGUACUUGCAGUAUGAGCAAAGAUGAUCUAACGUCUUUGCCGCUCUGUUACUUGAUUUAGUUACCUCUGAAACCUCUUGCGUCAACAUGGUGAAUGUUAACGGAUUGUGCUUAAAUUAUUCUUUUAAUUAUUAAUCUAAUUUGUCCACCCCCUGUGCAUUAAAGUACUAAGUUAACUUUUGCAAAAGAAAUUUGCACUACUACAUUGUGAAUCAGAGUCUUCUGAAUUAUUUUGUCCAUUGGUAUUAAAGGGCCUUUGUAUAGCUUUAGACAUCAUUUUCAUUUGCUGUAAAAGAUGCUUAGCGUAACUAUUUCUUUAAAAUCUGGUGCCAGUGUAAAAGUUAUAGUUGUAUGUAUUUUUCAAGCUAAAUGUAUAAUCUAAACUACAAAACCUGCCUCCAUUACAUCUUUUGCACAAUAUUUAUAUAAUGACGAUAGUUUACUAUUAAACUGUAUUUUAUAUCAAACUGGA